CGUUCAUAUUUCACAAAAAAAGUCAACUGCAGCCAACUUGCUGCCUAUAGAAUUCAAUUUACCCACCAGAUUUGGAGCAAGUGAUCCAACAGCUUCAUUCUGUGAUGUCGUUUGUGAAUGGGAUACAAAUAUCGACAACUAGUUCAUCUGUUGCUGUUGCUGCUUCGUUCUCGCCUACCAAGAACACUGUGGUGGGACUUGAUCAAGAUUUGAUGGAGUUGAUGGAUCGGCUGAGAGGGCAGGAGAGCAAGCUGGAGAUCAUCCCCAUCCUCGGAAUGGGUGGGAUAGGGCUCCAGCGAUUCCCCCAAAGUUCCAGAUCCAGACUUCUGCAGCCUUCCGCUUCUGCCUUUCCCACUUCCCCCAAAUUCGUCGGCGACUAUGAGAGGGUUGCGCCGAGCGACGUCGAUGCCCUCCCCCAGUUUCCACCGGCGCAUCUUACCCACGUCGCCGGUCUACCGCGCCUGAGAUUUGUCACUGCCUUCCCCAGUUCCUCGGCGAGUCCCUUCGGCCUUUGCUUGCCUCUGAUCCGAGCUCCAACGGCGGCGGUCUAGCAAUUCCGGCGUACCUUUGAGGCAUUGGUUUCUGCUCAGGGAUCUGGCGACCGCUCCAAUCUCUAGCAGACAACUUAGCGGUAACAAAGAUCUGUGAUUUUAAGGGGUGUAAUACUUGUUUUUUGAAUGAACUGCAUAUUAUACAACAAGCAAGGGAUUUAAUGGAUAAUUCUUAAUUAGUUCAA